AUGCCAACUGAUCAAGGUCAUCAUCAAAGCGAAGCAAGAUACAUUACAGGAAUUCCGUUUGCCACAGUACUUUGGUAUUACAGUCCAAGACAAGUGAAGAUAGAGAAUCCGUCUCCGCCAAUCGCAUCACGUGAAUUGUUUGCAUCACGCCAUAUUGACUUAGUGCAGCUUGACACGGUGGACGAAAUUGUUUUUGUAUUGACGUAUAAUGAGUACGCUCGGUUUGUUUUGUCGCCGAUUGAUAGAAAAGUAGUGAAAAAACGAGCGACAAGCGACUUGGCACAAAACGAUCUUGUAAAGUUUUUGGCUGAAACAGUAAACGAUAUGUACCCACCAGAGCAACGUGUCACCGAAGAGAAAUUACUGUGGAGAAGAGGUGAGGAUAAUUAUCCAAGACGACAAUUUCUUCCGUUUGACGAUACGCCGCUCGAAUCGGUAAAAGAUUUUUCAUGA